AUGUCAGCCGAUUUUAUACUAGGUCCUCAUGCAUUAUCACAAACCAAAAAGUCACUAAAGGCUUUAAACCUGCAUCAAAAAGUAGAUGAAAAUUCAUCAUCAUCACCAAUUUAUCUCACAAUCAAUAUCAAAAUCAAACUAAUAAAACAAAAGGAUUACAAAUCAAGAAUCAUACCGUUGACUUACAAAGUAGAUAAAGUUGAAAAUAAGUCUAUACUAUUAAUCACUAAAGAUCCUUCAAAUGUAUAUAGAGAAGCUUUGAUACAAAAAGAUUCACCAACAGAAGAUUCAUUUAAUGAAAUCAUAUCAUUGAAAAAAUUAAAAAGUCUUUCCAAAAAUUCCAAAAAUUUAAUCAAAUUAUAUAAAGAAAAUGAUUUAAUAGUAUGUGAUUUUAGAAUUUUUAAAUUCUUACCAGAUAUACUUGGAUCAAUAUUUUAUUUAAAAAAUAAAAAAAUUCCAUUUAUGAUUCAAAUGAAUAAACCAAAUCCUAAUAUUCAAUUACCAAAAUCUAGACAAGGUAAAAUUAAAGAUAAUCAAUGUGAUCCAAGAUAUGUUCAAUUACAACUAGAAUCAAUAAUUGGAAAUACAUCAUUUAUACCAACUUCAAAUUCUGGUGAUGUUAUAAAUUUAAAAAUUGGAUAUACAAAUUGGUCAUUAGAAAAAUUAAUAAGGAAUAUAAAUGAUAUUAUUAGUUAUUUAAUUGAUGAGAAAUUUAAACCUUUAGGAGGGAUUUUAAAUUUAGAACAAUUGGGAAAUAUUCAUGUAAAAUGUAAUGAUUCUAUUAGUUUACCUGUAUUAAUUACAAACGAUGAAAAUGGGAAUCUUGAUGAGAGUAAUGAUAAUGAUAGCGACUUCGAUUUUUGA